AUGUUUUAUUCUCAGAGUCCUAAGCCAAUUAAUAUCAUUUCAGUUACUCGCUGUGUAAAAUACUCUGGUUUCGGAAACUUUUCCGGCUUUUUGGCUCGGCGCGGCUUGAUGGGUGACAAGCACGGAAGACGAAAGCGGCAAUCUGAUCUCCAAGUGGCAUCAGGUGACGGCUCAUCAUCGGCCUCCAAGUACGCCGUAGCUUCAGACAUUGAGUCUAGUCCAAGCAGUUCUUCCAGUGACUCUGAGACUGAAGCUUACCACGCUCUGAAAAAUGGCGUAAAUCUUGUCACCGGAAGGUGGGAACCUCCAAAAGCCAAUCCACUUGAUAAUAUGUCGGAAGAACAGAAGGAGUAUGAAGUUAUGAACUUGGUCAAUGCGAUCGACAAACUACAGAGGUAUGCACAUUUGAUUAUUCUCACUCCCCAUAAAAAAUUCGAAUACUCGUUUUAUGAGCACUACUAUUUAUAG